AGAGUCUGCAUCAGACUGAGUGAAAACUUGCAUGUCGCUCAGAGCAACACGCUCGUUCUUUGAUAGAGCCACACCAACCACCACUCACUUCACGUUUUCCUUUCAAGACCACAAGGCCCUUCCUUCCAUCGGACACCCCUCUCUACAGUCAUGCGCGGUAUAUUCUACGUUGCUCUAGCCUUUGCGGUUUUAGCUCGCAGCAACGUCGUCGCAGCGUUCCCUCAUCCCGACUUGUCCAAGACAUUUCCUGACUCUGCGGCCAAUGCCAAGAGAUUCCUUCGGGGAGCGGGCCAAGAAGUUGCUCAGGCUAACAGAGGGAACGGGUAUGGUGGGGUCUGGAAAGCUGCAGCCGAUAGUGUCAAUAAGAUCGUCCCUAAGCCGAAUAUUGACAUGAAAACUCUUCUCGAGAAGGCCAAGGUGGUUCAGGCGCUCAAAAAGAACACAAAGAGUAAGUAAAAAGGUGGCUACGUAAAGAAGCACGGCGAAGUAACAUUGGAUGAGGAGUGGGAAAGCCUACAGCUACACUCUUGCUGUUGCAAAAAUGUGGUGUAAGUGUUCAUGGCAGCAUAAAUCAGCCCCAAGGAUACACGGACAUUAUGGACGACGAUCUAGUAAAGAAAUACAUUUCAAAGCUUGACCGAGAGAAAAAUUUCCGUCGUAAAAUUCGCGACCUAUGCGACGCAGUAUGCUGGUAACCAAUAUAAUAGGUC